GCACUCCUCCCCCAUCGCACCACCCACCUCCCUCCUCCUUCCCCAACCCGUCCCCCUCCCACCUCCUCCUCCUCCUCCGCCAUUUUUUCCCUGUCGCGGCAAGGCGAUAGGGUUCGGCGUUUCUUCCCCCAACCCUCCGAUCAACUGGUGCUGUUCCUUCUCUUCCUUCCUGUUCUUGCGCCGGCGUUCUUGGAGCAGGCUCCGGCUUCUUCCGCGGCGUUCUUGGCCUUUGGCGGCUCGACAUGUCUCCGUUCCAGGGAUACAGAGGUGAUGGCGCUCUCGCCGGCGUCCGGUCGCGGAAGCGCGUGUUCGCGUCGGCGGCCGCUGAGCCCGCCGUGACGGCCGCGCCCAAGCGGCAGAAGCGGAGGGAGGAGCCGUCCCUGGACGCGCUCCCGGACGAGUGCCUCUUCGAGGUCCUCCGCCGCGUGCGGGGCGCCCGCGCGCGCUGCGCCUCGGCCUGCGUCUCCCGCCGCUGGCUCGCGCUCCUCGCAGGCAUCCGCGCCUCCGAGGCCGUGCUCGCCCCGCCCGCCCCCGCCGUGCCGGACCUCAACCAGGAGUACCUCGGCGGCGAGGACGACGACGAGGCCGACCUCAUGGACCACGACGGCGACGCCCGCGAGAGGACCCUCGAGGGCAAGGAGGCCACGGACGCGCGCCUCACGGCGGCGGCCGUCGCCGGCCGCCUUUCCGCCGUCUCCGUCCGCGGGAGCCACCCGGCGCGCGGCGUCACUGACGCCGGCGUCUCCGCGCUCGCCCGCGGCUGCCCGGCCCUCCGGUCCCUUUCCCUGUGGGAUGUUCCACAGGUGACGGACGCCGGGCUCGCCGAGAUCGCCGCCGAGUGCCACGCGCUGGAGCGGCUUGACGUCACUGGUUGCCCGCUGGUCACGGACAAGGCCCUUAUUGCCGUCGCUCAGGGGUGCCCGGAGUUGAAGUCGUUGACCAUCGAGGCGUGCUCUGGUGUUGCCAACGAGGGUCUCAAGGCAAUUGGCCGGAGCUGCACGAAGCUGCAGGCGGUGAACAUCAAGAACUGCGCUCAUGUUGAUGAUCAGGGUGUGUCUGGCCUCGUCUGCUCCGCAACCGCUUCAUUGGCCAAGGUCCGGCUCCAGGGUCUGAGCAUUACUGAUGCUUCUCUCGCGGUGAUUGGGUACUAUGGGAAGGCAAUCACAGACCUCACCCUCGCUCGCCUCCCAGCAGUUGGUGAGAGGGGAUUUUGGGUGAUGGCCAAUGCCAUGGGCCUUCAGAAGCUCAGAUGUAUGACUGUCACCUCCUGCCCGGGACUCACGGAUCUUGCUCUUGCAUCUGUUGCCAAGUUCAGCCCAAGUUUGAAGCUUGUUAACCUCAAGAAGUGCAGCAAGGUCUCAGAUGGUUGCCUCAAGGAAUUCGCCGAAUCAGCAAGGGUUCUGGAGAACCUGCAGAUUGAGGAAUGCAACAAGGUUACUCUCAUGGGCAUUCUUGCUUUCCUCCUCAACUGCAGUCCGAAGUUUAAGGCUCUCUCUUUGGUCAAAUGCAUUGGGAUCAAGGACAUCUGCUCUGCACCUGCACAGCUUCCAGUAUGCAAGUCGCUUCGCUCCCUGACCAUCAAGGAUUGCCCGGGUUUCACAGAUGCCAGCUUGGCCAUGGUGGGCAUGAUCUGCCCUCAGUUGGAGAAUGUCAAUUUGAGCGGCCUUGGUGCAGUCACCGACAAUGGCUUCCUUCCAUUGAUCAAGAGUUCUGAGAGCGGGCUGGUCAAUGUUGAUUUGAAUGGCUGUGAGAAUCUCACAGAUGCAGCUGUUUCUGCCUUGGUGAAGGCACAUGGUGCUUCUCUUGCACACCUUAGCCUUGAGGGCUGCAGUAGGAUUACUGAUGCAAGCCUGUUUGCAAUCUCUGAGAGCUGCAGCCAGCUUGCUGAGCUUGAUCUUUCAAACUGCAUGGUCAGCGACUAUGGUGUUGCAGUCUUGGCGGCAGCAAAGCAGCUCAAGCUUCGCAUCCUCUCACUUUCUGGUUGCAUGAAGGUCACCCAGAAGAGUGUUCCUUUCUUAGGCAGCAUGUCUUCAUCCUUGGAAGGACUCAAUCUCCAGUUCAACUUCAUCGGCAACCACAACAUCGCCUCACUGGAGAAGCAGCUCUGGCGGUGCGACAUCCUUGCUUAGAGCAACAAGAAGGCGAUUAGUUGCUGGAGAUGCUGGGUCAACCUUCUCCAGAUGCAAAUAUACAACCGUAGCGGUAGUACUUCAGUCCAUGCUUCAUAGUUGAGUCUGGUUUCCGGCUCGUGUUUGUGCCAUGGUGGGUCUCCUGUUUGUCUUAGGGCCUGGUUGUUUUCCUGAGGGGGCAUUUUUUGCCGAGGCUGUUUUUUUGCAGGUGUCCUCAUGUGAGGAUGUCUGUUCCUUGAGCCUUCGGCAGCCAUUACCAUGGUGCCCUGCCCCCUCCAUCCCAACCUAAGCCCUUGUGAUCAGAGUCACCUCACCAUGCAGUUUCUCAAGUCGUGUUUGGAGCUCAAGUAUUGUCAAGUGUGUCUUCUUUCCAGUACUACUCUGGUUAUAGAGUUUGCAGACAUCAACGCCUCUUUGAGUUUGUAGCCCCGGUAUCUUCAAUGUCUGGGUGUCUGCAACCUCGUCGAGUUCAGUUUGUUGGUCACGGAUGGUUGCUGGUUCGCAGUGUCGGUAGGGUUUGCCUAUGUGCUUGGGGAUCUGGCCUUUGCAAGGCUCAUUCUGUAGAGCCUUUGCCAUGACAACCCUGUGCGGUUGUUUUUCUCCUCCAGAUAUGAUUUUGCAGGCAGGUGAUUGUUUGAUACACUGUAACCUUUGCAACCUUCUGAAGAUAAAUAAAGCUUGUGUUCCCUUUCAAGUCA